AUGGCUCUGCUCGAGCGGGUAGUCUCCCAUCCCGAGCGCGAACUUGGUGGACGGACACCCGAGCAGGUCCGUGAGCUGUACCUGGGACACAAGGGCAUUCAAAAACUGUCCGGAUUUGAACGGUUUCGCUUUCUCAAUGAUCUGUAUCUGGAGGGAAAUGCACUGGUCCGACUUACGCGCAUCUCUCACUUGACGAGACUGACCACACUCUCGGUCCACAACAACAUGCUGACGGUCAUUGAUGGGGUGUUGUCGUCGAUGCCGUGUUUGGAGGUUCUGCUGCUGCAUCGGAACCAGUUGCGCGGCCUUCACCGCGUGGCAAAGGAACUCGCGCCGCUCAAGUAUCUGACCACGCUCACGCUGUUCGGCAACCCCGUGGAGGAGGAGCUGGGCUAUCGCAGGGUGGUGGUGACCUCAUGCAAGGCGCUCACCAUCUUUGAUCGCAAGCGGGUGACCCAGAGAGAGCGGAGGCGGUGUGACAAGCUCGGCCCGCUGGACGCGCCACGAACAGCCAUGCUGCUCUCGCCGUCGCGGAUGUUGGCGACAGGACGCGGGCGGUCGCUGCCGCCGCUGCUGGGUGAAACGUCUCCGGCGAUGCGGGCAUCAGAGGACUCGCUGACGCCGCUGUAUCUGCGCUCUGGAAGGGCACACCGGCUGGCCCGCCGGCGCCGCACUGUGCGGCGCGGUAGGAGCGGCGGAAGUGGGAGCGACGGCGGGAGCGGGAGUGGCGACGGCGGGCGGGUGGCGUUCUGGACCACAGCCAAGCCGCGGCACCCCGAGCCGCCACCCCACUGCCGCCCGCAGCUUGUUGUCCGCGACCUCUUCCGCCGGGUUGAGGCCAUUCAGCAGCGCGAGGAGCGCGAGGAGCUCGAGGAGCUGACCAAGAUGUUCGAAGAGCAAACAAGGGCGGAGAUUCAGGCGCAUCGGCGGUCGCGGACGGUUCCACUGCCCAAGUCUCUUGACUUUCUCGGCGCACGGCGAGCGGAAGCCGGCGGCGGUGGCGGUGGCGGUGGCGGUGGCAGUGGCAGAGGCGACGAGGCCGAGCCGGCUCAGCCGGCCGAGACCGGUCCGGCUCGCGGCUGCGGCCUGCCGCCGACCCCGUUUGUGUACAAGAUGUACGAGUGGGAGGUGGAGCUCGACGACGAGCCCGGCGAGUCGCGCCCUGGAUCUCCAGCUUCGUCCAAUGGGUCUUCGAUCGCCGCACCGCGUCCACUCGCCGCCGUCAAGCGGACAGCCAUCUCAUCGUCGUUUGCCCACCUCCACGUCCGCGAGGCCAUCCAUGCCGAUCCGCAGCGGUACGUACGGUACCGACAGCGCAAGGCGCGCAAACAGGCCAAGCCACAGCUCAAGCAGUCGAUAUUGACUGUGUAG